AUAGAAGAGUAGAGAAGUGAUUAGUUGAAGUUUAGUAUUGUAGCUUAAUUCAACUAUUGAUCGUCGAUCAUGGUGGGAAAGAUGAUAUUGUCGCCACUUCCAGGCGGAGGGUACGUUCAGCUGCGGCAGGGCUAUUCCAAUUUGGACCUCCUCGCCGCCGUCUGUGGGGCUGUUUUGGACCAGAUGGAGAAAAACCCAAACAGUAAUUCUUCUUCUUCUUCCUCCUCUCCUAAAUCAGUAUUUAUCCCGAGGAGGAAGAGGAGCCGUCCUAGUAAAAGUAGAAGUGGGGUUAUUACGGCAGCCUCCGCCUUGAAAUGUGUCGUCUCCGGCUUCAAAACAUUGUCAAUCGGAGGAGGACCCGGCAAUCAGAAGAAAAGGGCGGCCAAGAAAAUCAAGAAGCGGGUCGUCGCCGACGACAACCAGCAGCCGGCGGCGGAGGCAGGGCCCAUGCCGGGGAGAUUCAGGGACAGGAUCCGUCAAAUUGCGGGGCCCGGCGCGGAGAUAGCGGAGGAGAUGCUGCUGAUCGAAAAGGAGAUAACGGCGACCGAUUUGAACCCCAACGAAGGCCGGCUGGCCCUCCCUUUGAACCAAUUGAGGCGGACGGAUUUCAUGACGGCGGAAGAGGAGCAGCGGCUGGCCACGCGCCGUAACAAUGGCAAGAAUGUGGGGUCGCUCGACGUGGCGCUGAUCGCGGCCGUCGACGGUGAAAUCGUAAAGCGGGAAGUUGACUUCCGGAGAUGGGAGAUGCGGACAAGCAGCAUGUUAAUGGUGACCGGCAAGUGGAACAAAAUUAAGGGCAGCCUUGGACUCGCCGUAGGUACAAAGGUCCAAAUAUGGUCCGUCCGAGUUGACGGCAAAUUGUGGUUAUCGCUUGUUGUCUUGUAGAUCCAUCCAUGCCUACAUCUCCGGGUUUGGCCCGACCCGGCACGGCCGGUGCCCUAAUCACUUAAUUAUUAGUUAGUAAUUACAACUUAACACGGUCUCUAUCUGCGGCAUUGGCUUAUAUACUGCGGGCCUAGCUUUGGGCAUGAAGCAAAUGCUAUAACUUUUAUGUAUUUUACGUUCAAGAAAAUUAUUCAUUGAUUUUCUAUAUAUUAUGAUGAUAUCUUUUGAUCGACAACUGAUCUUUCCGUUCAUG